UCAGUAAUCCUCCAACAAUUAAACUGCAAGAAGGUUAAAAAAUCCGUUUCUCUAUUCGUUUUUCCUUCUUUGCAGUGAAAAUGGCAGAGCCUGCAACAGCAACACAAGCAGCAGCACCAGCAGUGGCUCUGCUGAAAGAUGAGCUCGACAUAGUUAUACCAACCAUAAGGAACUUGGACUUUCUUGAGAUGUGGAGGCCUUUCGUCCAGCCUUACCAUCUCAUCAUCGUUCAAGAUGGUGAUCCUUCCAAGACCAUCAAGGUCCCCGAGGGAUUUGACUACGAGCUUUACAACAGGAAUGACAUCAAUAGGAUCCUCGGUCCUAAGGCUUCCUGCAUUUCCUUCAAGGACUCUGCUUGCCGUUGCUUUGGUUACAUGGUCCCCAAGAAGAAGUAUAUUUUCACCAUUGAUGAUGACCAGGGAUUUAAAUAG